UGGACAGGUAACAGCACAAGUGUGGGUGUGCUGAUCACUGACUUAUAAUAAGUUAAUCUACUUUUAAGCAGUAAACCAUUACAUGGUAGUGGGAAUCACUAAUCAGCUGACGUAGUUUUGGACUUUGCCGUUAUUUGAUCAUUCUAUACUGCUGAUAUUAUUCUCCAAGAAUGAGGAUACGAGCAACUGAAAACUCCUCAUAACUUCUUAAAACUUGGAGAACCAAAAGCGGAUAAACAGCAAUUCAAAGAUGGAAAUGUCAGAAAAACAAGGGAUUCAAAACGAUGCUUUUAAUGCAGAGGAGCAAGAGUAUUCAAAACCAACAGAUCUUUAUGAUGACAUAGGCAUCAAAAAAUCAAGAAAUUUUGUAAGCAAAAUAGCUGAGCCAUAUGACAGAGCAGCAGAAUAUGCCAAGAAGCAUUCCCGUAUUAUAAAAUACGUUGUUAUUGCAAUCCUCUGUGCAGGUUACGCUGCCUAUUUCAUUGCAGCUUGUGUGCUGAACUUUAACCGCGCCGUGGCACUGGUGGUUAUAACAUGUGUUGUACUUUUCUUUCUCGCUUAUGAUCUUGUGGUGAAGUUUUAUGGCAAGACAAUCAAAAAUUUUCUAAAACCAGUUGGAACAUUCUUAAGCAAAUUCAAAAAAUGGAUUAAGUGGGUAUUUGCUGCAUUGGUCCUAAUCGGUCUUAUUCUUUGGUUGGCAUUGGACACAGCUAAAAAUCCGACACAUCUUAUAUCAUUUGGCGGUGUCUGCAUGUUUGUUUGUUUUCUAUUCCUUAUGUCUAAACACCACCGUGCCGUGUCGUGGCGAGCGGUAUCCUGGGGGUUGGGACUUGAAUUUGUUUUGGGUAUCUUUAUCAUUCGCACCGAUCCGGGGUACCAAGCCUUCAAGUUUCUUGGUAACCAAAUUCAGACUUUUCUGAAUUAUACAACAGCUGGGUCAGGAUUCGUUUUUGGAACAACACUGAUAAAUGAAGUUUUUGCUUUUCAGGCCCUCCCUAUUGUGGUCUUUUUCAGCUGUGUCAUGUCCAUUCUCUACUAUAUUGGCAUAAUGCAGUAUGCCAUACUUAAGAUUGCUUGGCUCAUGCAAGUUACAAUGGGAACAACAGCCACAGAAACGCUGAGUGUAGCUGGCAAUAUCUUUGUGGGGCAGACUGAGGCACCAUUGCUGAUCCGCCCCUAUUUGCCAGAAAUGACCAAGUCUGAAAUCCAUGCUGUAAUGACUGGGGGCUUUGGGACCAUUGCUGGAAGUGUAAUGGGUGCCUAUAUUUCCUUUGGGAUUGACCCAUCCUCACUAAUUGCUGCCUCUGUCAUGGCCGCCCCUUGUGCUCUCGCUCUCGCCAAAUUGGUUUAUCCUGAAACAGAAGAAUCCAAGUUUAAAGAUGAGGAAGGUGUCAAGAUAGAAAAAGGGGAAGAAAGAACCAUACUAGAAGCUGCUAGCAAUGGGGCCUCUACCUCUGUGGGACUGGUUGCCAAUAUUGCUGCCAAUCUGAUUGCAUUCAUGGCCUUGCUUGAAUUUGUCAACUCUGCUUUCUCCUGGAUUGGAGGAAUGGUGAACUAUCCUAAACUUACUCUACAGCUGAUUCUAUCCUACAUAUUCAUGCCUGUGGCCUUCAUGAUGGGGGUACGGUGGGAUGAGGCUGGCCCAGUUGGUGAGAUGCUGGGAACAAAGAUCAUUCUGAAUGAGUUUGUGGCAUAUAGAAUACUGGCUGAUUACAAAGCUAAACGGCUUGAAGGUGUUGAGGAAUGGGUAGGCGACUCCAGGCAGUGGAUAACGGAGAGAGCGGAGGUCAUCACUACCUUUGCCUUAUGUGGAUUUGCCAAUAUUAGCUCCAUUGGCAUCAUGUUAGGAGGAUUAUCUACCAUGGCACCUCAACGGAAAAGCGAUCUAUCCAAGGUUGUGGUGAGGGCUCUGAUGACUGGAGCUUGUGUCUCAUUUGUCAAUGCUUGUAUUGCAGGAAUUUUACAUACCGAAAGAAAUGUAAACUGUGUGGACUUCUUUGGCACCACUGAGGCUUUCCAAAAUAAAACGUAUAACCUUUAUUUCUGCUGUAAAGAUAUUUAUACAGGGUCACAUGAAAAUGGAACACAAUUAGAGAUUGUGAGACAAUGUUGUAGGUUUUACAACAAUACGAUGUGCAAUGGGUUAUAAACAGAUGCAACGUUUUACACUGAAUUGCGGACUUUUAUUAUUAAUGGACAAACAUUCUUCACAGUUCAUGAUUGGGAAUGACCAACUUUGAUGACUGAUUUCUGUGAAAGCCGAUGAAGAUUCAUUCUACCAGUCCCUCAAAAAGCAUGCACUGCAAACAAUACUUCAACUACUAAUGUAUAAAACAACAUUCCACCUCUGUGUAUUUAUGUCCUAUGUAAAUGUAUACAUUUUAAAUUUCUUGGAUGUAUUGGGGCAGUGGUGUACCUAGCACACCCCCAAAAAAAGAACUGGUUUAAAGAAAUAAAGCGUAACGAAAAGUUCACUGUG